CCAGAGCAAGCCGUGGUGUUCGCCGUUUUUCCGUCGGAAUCAUCGUUUCACUUUGAAGUUAACAAAAAGAAUGAUGUGAUGGAAUCCUGGCGGCAGACGGAGCGAGAUGGUCAGUUCCUUCUCUCGCCGCUAUGAUUGUCUCAGAUUCCGAUUUGGCUACCCCAUCGUCCAAUUCUCGCCAAGCCGGUCAAUCGGCCUCUGACCAUAACCCCAGCCACACUCCAUCACCCCGGCCGUCGCCGUCGGCCAUGCCUGGCCACAAACGGCGUCGAUUGAGGAAGCAAUACCCUUCCUCAACUCCGGUAGAUGAGGGCUCAAGGGUUAAAUUAGACGAAAACAUCAUGGCGUUGUGCCAUUGUCAAAUUACUGACCGGGGGUUCGCCGAUGCCACUGACAUGGUUGGACCCUCCAUCGAGGUCAUGAGACCUACCAGUACUCAAACUGCUCUAGACGCACCAUCGGGGUUCUUCACGGUCCAUCUGGCGUCUUUGAAGAAGGGGCUGCGCUUCCCACUCCACCCGUUGUUGAUCGAAUUCCUCAACGUGGUGGACCUUCUCCCGUGCCAACUGGUCCCCAACUCUCACCGGUAUAUCGCCGUUACCUGGUCCGGUGCAAAGAUUCUUUCCCAGAGGUCCAGUAAACUCUUUGCUAGUGAUAAGAAGGGGUCAACCAAAGACUGGAAGCCUUUCUUUGUCUUCGUUUCGACGGGGCCCGAAUCUCCUUUCACGGGUUCAGGGCGCCCUUCCUUCCGUCGCAUCCCACGCCCCCCACCUGAUGCCACCCUUUUGUCUAUCACUCGCCAAUUCUGCAAUAAGGGAGUUAUGAACAUCAAAGAGGUGGUGACAGAGGAAACCCUUGCCGGGUUGGGGUUCGAGUUUAUCCAGGAUGAGCUUCGCCACCAACCCGACCUACUGAGGGACAUCCCCGGGGGGCAUCAGCCUGACCAGCUGAAGGACAUUCCUGAGGAAGGUCUUGACUGUGGUCCUUUUGUGGAAUUACAAGAUUCUGGAGAGGAGAUGGACAGCGAUCUCCUGCUCAGUCGCUUCACUACAGGGAGGAAAAGGAAGAGAGAGACGAAGGGCCAGGGCAAACGUUCUUCAUCCCACCACGAGGAGGGUCCUUCUCGAGCGCCGGCCGUAAUUGUGGUGGAGGACCAAGAAGAUGCUACCCAGGAACCGGGUACCAUGGCUGGCCAAUCCUCUCCACACCCCGUGAUGCAGGGUGGCGAACUCGCUGGGUCGUCUCGGGGCAUUGCCUUGGAGCGACCUCCAUCACCACCCGCAGUGACCUACGAGGUGGAGACCGGGGGUCGCUCGACGAGGCUCUGCAUCCCUCCCCUGCCCCAAAGCCUAGGGGACGUACAGCUGGAGACUCUUAUCACUCUGCCUGCAGAAGACCAGGCUCGUAUCUCGGCAGGCUCCGAGGAUGACCUUGACAACAUGGUCCUUUUGAGGCUCAGUCAGGCUACGCUGGGGAUGAUUGAGGUGGUCGGCCGGAAACGGGGUCGCCAGGCCGCCGCGGACGAGGCGAUGAAAGCAGCCGAGGCCAAGCAGAAGGAGCUGCAGGAGGAGAUCGCUCGAUUCACCAGGGAGUUGGAGGAGAAAGAAGAUCGCUGCGCGGCGCUUGCUGUGGAGAAAGCUUCCCAGGAGAACCGCUGCGUCGCCCUUGAGGCAGACAAGGCCUCCUUGUCCUUGGAGGUAGAAUCUGUUUCUGCUCGAGUGGUCGAGCUGGAAGGGGAGAAAUAUGACCUGAUCCAGCAGUUGGAGGUGGAGAGGAGCGAUCGGGUCCGCCAUGCAGAGGGAGCGGUCGAAUCCUUCAAGUCCUCUCCUGACUUCACGGUAGUCGCGAUGGAGCGGAUGGAAGAGCUAACGGCCGCUUGGCUCAAAACUGAACCUGGGGCUCAAUGGAUGGUCAAGGAGGGAACCAAGUCCUUCAAUUGCGGACUCUUCCAUGCCCAACAGGUCUUCCACGACAGGCUGGCCCAGCUCCCUAAAGGAUUCUCUCUCCCCGACCUUGGCUUCCCUCCUCCCUGCCGCUCCUUGGCCAAGUUCAACCCCAGUCCCUAUAUGGACGGGGGGAGCUCGAGCGCGUCGGAAGAAGAGGAAGAAGAAGAAGUGGAAGGUGGUCAGAGCGACCAGAAUCCAGGGGCCAGCUUAGCCAUGUCCAAAGCGGUUUGGGCCCAACUCCUAGUCCCGGCCCGUUUACCUGUCCGGGCUCAAUCUCUGGAUUGGCCAUCGUGCUGCCCAAUUGAUCCAAUGCCCUUCACCGUUUCUGAUUGGACCUUCGCGCGGCUCAAGGCUGCUUUAUUGGUUCGGCUGCCUCGAGACUUCACCGCCUCUUCGGUUCCUUCGCCCUGGCUUAUUUAUAAGCCCCCUGGCCUCUACUCUGCUCCAUCACCAAAUAUCCUCCUUUUCUCCAUUCUUGCCAUGUCUGAAGGAAUUCCUGUUUCUCUAGAUCUUUCCGACGGGCCGGCUCCUUCUUCGCCGGAGCCUGCCUCCUCCCCCAAGUCAGUCAAUUCCAAUGACUGGGGGGGGCUUGACCCUUACGAAUUCUGUCACCGGUUGCCUCGCCGGCAGUGGCCGUCGGUGAAACCGCCGCCACCACCUCCAAACCCUUAUGAAGACUUUAGUGAGGCGUACGAGGCCCUCUCCGCCAACCGCCUGCCUGACGGGCGGAUUGACUGGGAUGCUCCAUGCCCCCUCCAUUCCCUGCAAUGUAUGGCCUGGGAGAGCUUUCAAGAUGAGCACUUACCCCUCCUGGAGCAUGAGUGCGCAUANGACUUGGAUUCGCUCAGCUUUUAAUGAGGCUGCCAACCUCAAGCCGCAAAGCAGUGCCUCAUAUUCAGCCUCAUUGUUUGAGACUUUAAACCGGAAUCUCACGGAGUAGUAUGCCUUGAACCCUUCCGGAGAUAUCGCCACGACACCUCCCCCCGAAGCAUCAGUCGCGGACGACCCAUCGGUG